AGAAAACUAUUUCAAAUAUUUCUAUAGAUUGGCUAAACCUGCUUGAAAAUGGGAGGAAACCAAUUGAGAAAUAGGAAAGGUGGACUCAAGACAAGGAAGAAAGGGGUUGAAGUGUUGCACCUAGAGAAGACUCCAAACCUGGAUAAUCUGAUUCUAGGGAAAUACAAAACUUUUGAAGAAAUACCAAGAGAGAUAUCACUUACUCGUGAAGAGCAUGAUCUUCUCUUGGAGAACGAGUUGAGGAGGAACCCCUACAAGUACACGGUCAAACAGGUUUCAACCCUUGAGCUGAUCCUGGUAUCCGUCCUAGUUCUACUCCCGUCCUUGUUUUACUCCGCUAUCCUGCUCAACCUACCAGAGAGUAAAUGGGUUUAUUCAUCAACCUGGAGAACGGACUAAUUAUUGUAUAAAGAAUCUGCCCUACCUAUAAUUGUCCUAUGGCGUACCCCACACGCCCAGCCUAUGCCCCGCCUUGAAGAAUAAUUACGACUAAUUAAUAAAUCUAUUCAUUGAAUAUAUUUUCUUGUCUCUAGAUCUGAAAUAUAUUCUGAGAUAAAUUACGCCGAGCAAAACAUUGAAUAGACCUCGUUCCGGGUACUCAGGGUGCAUCAUUAGUAUUCCAUAUUAUUCCCUGUGAGAACCUGGCCAGGACUAAAAAGGAGGCAGGAUAUUUGUUUGAUCUUGUUCCAUAUAUGUUGGGAGGAAGUUUGGCAUGUCAGCUCAUCUCUCCAUGUAUUACAGUUAGUAUAAAAACUCAUGCAAAACCAAGAACUCUGCUCCCUUGUCUCAUUAGCAUACAUGUGAACAAUGUUUUUUUAACUUCCAGAAAUUUAAAAUAAAUACUUUUAUUCCACA